UAUGUUGCGAUUUGGUUUACUUUUCGUGCGAACAUGUGGUAUUUGCGGAAGAAUAGAACACGGGACAACUCAAAGCUAUCAUAUGAGUUCAAGCUUUAAGAACAGUUUGCGAGCCCUUCAUGUUACUCAUCUUGCACACUUUAAAGUGAAUUAUUUUGGCAGAACUUUUCGGAAUCUGUACAAGCGGAAAAGUUACUCUCGACCUCUUUUUGUCGGUACUUUGGCUGGCACUGCCUGUCUGACGCUGAAGGCAAUACUGAAAAAGGAUACGGUCGGAUCAAAUGAUGUUUCCAAGCUUGAAACUGACAAUGAGCAUUCUGAAGGCCCGGAUCAGUUACAUAUGUCGACGACUAAGGUUAAGAAGCAUCGAGAGACAAGGGUUCUCUUGUCCGGACUGGUUUUUGAAAUAGGUUUAGGGUUGACGGGUUCACUGUUUGCCUGGAAACUAGGCUUACCAGUACUCGGAAAAGGUUUCCAUAUAUCUCCUUUUACUUUAUUACAAGGAGCACUUGCGUCUAUUCCCUUGUUAGGAUUCGUCUAUUUUAUAGAACAGCUACCAUUUCAGUUUUUGAAGGAAACGGCCUCUGAAACGCAACGCAUCAUAGCAGAAGUUUUUCUUUAUAGACGUAGUUCUGAAAUUGGCCUGCUUUGUAUGUGUACGGGUAUAGCAGAGGAGAUAGCUUUUCGUAGUUUCCUUUACAGCUGGUUGGUUUCAAUAGUUCACUUGUCGACCUGUCAAGGCUUGUUACUGUCUAGUUUCCUGUUUGGUCUUUUUCAUCCAGUUUCGCCAGCAUAUGUAUAUAUUGCCUCACUUGCAGGUUCCUAUUUUGGUUUUUUGUAUAUUAUGACGGGUAACAAUGUUUUCGUUCCCGCUGUUGCACAUGCAGUUUAUGAUUACGUUAUCCUUGAGAUAUCUCGAUACCAAAUGCUCCGAAACAAAAGCAUUUCUUCACACAAGGACAAGAUAGACUGACGUUUGCAACUUUGCUAUGUACAUUACCAUAAAAAUGAGUCGUUUUGG